GCAACUCGUCACAGAUAAACCUCGCAGAGACCUCAGAAAAAAAAAGGUGAAAUUUUCAAAGAUUUUAAAUUUCACAUCUGAAAAAAUGGUGGCCGUCGAGCCGAAAGCCGCCGCCCACCAGUUCACCGUGGUCAUCGACGGCGUCGAGACGGCCGUCCACGAGGGCGUGCUCCGUUGCAGCGGCGGCGGCACGGUGGCCGUGGUCGGCCCGGGCGUCCUCGAGGUCACCCGGCUCCAGCACGUCGUGGUUCGUGGCGGCGGCGGCGGCGACGUCCGCUUCUCCCGGUGCGUGUACGCGGCCGCCGAGGACUGCGGCGCGGCGUCGUUCCACCGGUGCGGCGCGGUGCGCGCGGACGGGGCGCGCGGCGUGUCCGUGCGCCGGUGCCGGUCCGCCGACGUGGCGCGCGCGGGCGCCGUGGCCAUCCGCCGCUGCGCGGGCGCCGCGCGCGUCCGCGGCGCCGGGGAGCUGCGCGUGGGCCGGUGCCGGGAGGCCGACGUCGGCGGGUGCGCCGACGCGGCCGUGGCGCGAUGCCGCGCCGCGCGCGCCGACUGGUGCGGCGCGCUCGCGCUGGGCCGCUGCGGCUCCGCCGACGUCACCCGCUGCGGCGCCGUGCGCGUCGACCGAUGCCGCGACGCCAGCGUGUCCGGGUGCGGCGCCGUGGCCGUGCGCCGCGGCAAGGUGAGCGUGGUCGAGGUGCACAAGCCCAUGGCGCCGCCGAUGUACCAGCAGGCGGAGCCUGUCCUCGCGGCGCCGGUGGAAAUCAUGAGCAAGUGAACGGGAGGCUCUACAAGUCUACGUGCAUGAACGAUGCCGUCCUACUACCAUGUUCAUAUCAGUAUGAUGUGAUAUUUCGUAUUUGUGUGAUGGGGAACCGGGGUAUUUACGAAGAACUACAUGCUUUUUCGAUAUUAACCUGUAAUGUAAUCCUACCAAUAUGCAUGGAUGUUUUCCAUUUUUUUUAAUGUUAGCACUGUACUUAUGUAUGUCACUUUAUAACAACAAUAUAUCUAAAUAAAUAAUAUUGUUUGUGGAUAAGCUA